CACUGUAGAAAGUGUAAGAAUCCGUAUUUACAUGUCCUGAUAUCAUGGUACAUGGUCUUUCUGAACAUGUUGGGGAAGGAGAGGGUGGGUCCCUGCAAUUUAUUGAGGUGGCUUCCCCAUUUCAUGUUCUAACCACCCUCCUAAAGUCUCAGACUUCAUGGAGCUGACUGGUUUCAAGUGUAGGGAAACUGCACUGUCUUUACCACAAAGUUUUAGGGGACUGUAACUGCAUCACAAAGUUGGGGUAGCACACUGUUAGAGG